AAAUUUCCAUAUAAGGAAAUGAAAACAGUCAAAACAGCCGCUUCCGGUUAAAACACAUGUAGUGAGUAAGAAACUAAGAAUAUCAGGAUAAAUUGAUUGUAAGAGUUAAUAAUAUACAAUCAGACACUCAAAACGGACAUUCAACAGUGUCAGCUCACUACCCCCUGAAGAUCAUCCACCGAAAUCUCACUACGCACUGUAACAACUAGAUCUACCCGAUUCCUGAAGUGAAGUGAAGAGCAUCCUCCAACAUGCAGGAUCCUAAUGCUGACACAGAAUGGAAUGACGUCCUGCGGGCGAAGGGAAUCAUCCCUCCCAAAGAGAAGGAAGUUUCAGAGGAUGACAUCGUCAAUAUCAUGGAGUCGACCAUCCAAUCCAAAACCACAGAAAAGUCAUUAGAUGAGAUGACAUUAGAUGAAUUAAACGAGAAAGAAGAUGACAUUGAUGAGGAGGAAGAGAGAAUUUUCGAGGCUUAUAGGAGACAGAGAAUGGCCGAGAUGCAGCAGGCACAGAGGAGGGCUCGGUAUGGAGAAGUGAAGGAGAUCUCGAAGGCAGACUACGUAACCGAAGUCAACAAAGCUGGAGACGGUGUCUGGGUCGUACUACAUAUCUACAAACAAUCAAUUCCAUUGUGUAAAUUAAUCAAUCAACAUUUAUCGGCAUUAGCUCAAAAAUUCCCUGAUGUGAAGUUCCUGAAGAGCAUUUCCAGUGUGUGCAUUCCUAACUACCCAGACAAAAACCUACCCACCAUGUUUAUAUACUACGAGGGAGACCUGAAAAAACAACAUGUGGGACCCCUGGUGUUUGGUGGAAUGAACUUUAAACAAGAUGAACUGGAGUGGAUGUUAUCGGAGGUAGGUGUGCUGAAGACAGAUUUAGAAGGACCGCCCAAGAAAGAAAUUCAUGACGUAAUGGAAUCCGCACUCCGACGGGGCGACGAUGAAAGUGACGAGGAUGACUGGUGAUAGCGAGGGGACAUGUCCUCUGUGUCAACAUAGUGACUGAAAUUACAACUGUUUACUGAAAGUUUGUUUCUCCAAAACAUGGUGGUAUUUUGUACUACCAAAGUGAAACAGUUUUUCUGAUGAAUAUGGCAAUGAUUAUCUCAUCCUCAUUGAUAUUCAUUUGAUGUGGGGGUUUUGUACAUACAUAAGAUUUUGAUUUGAGAAAGUCUGCUGUCCUAUCCUCCAGUAACUAUGUGUUAUAUACACUGUGCAUAUUAUGAAAAUUAUAGAAAUGAAAUAAAUCAAUGUAAGUUAACAUUCUUAUCCUCUGAUGGCAGAAUGAUAAGCAAGGUCAUGGACUUGUAUCUCCAUAUAAAAAUCUAAUCUGUAAUUACUCUACUGUAAGCUAUGAUUCACUUUUCUUGCUGAUACUAUUAUAACGAUGUUGUAUUUAUUGAUACAUUUACCUGUGUAAUGUACGAUUAAAGUUAUCAUUAAAUACAGAGUGUAUUUGUUAUCUACUGCUAUAGACAGGGAACUAUAUAUUUGUAUAUCUGUCAUAUGAUGGUGAUUAAAUUUAAUGCUGCAACA